UGUGUCUACUGAAUGCAGCCAGUAAUGGUUUGACAGUUUUUCAAUAAUGGUUAUUAGCCAGCUGGACCAAAAUAGUUUAUUAUUCAUUUAUAUUGUUUGAUAGUUCCUUCCUUUGCAUUUAAUAUAAAAUAUUGUUGUAAAAAUGACGGAUGCUACAAGUAUUAGACUCUUAACAUUAAAUUGUUGGGGAAUUCCAUACAUAUCAAAAAAUAGAUCAGCUAGAAUGAAUGCUAUUGCAGAAAAAUUAGCCGAUGGUGAAUAUGAUAUUGUAUGCCUUCAAGAAGUAUGGUCCGUGGAUGAUUUUAAAAUGUUAAAAGCCAAAGCACAAGAGUGUCUACCAUAUUCUCAUUACUUUUACAGUGGAGUUUUAGGUUCUGGAAUUUGUAUACUUUCUCGUUAUCAAAUUCAAGAUGUAAUGUUUCACAGAUGGCCACUUAAUGGUUACGUCCACAAAAUCCACCAUGGGGACUGGUUUGGUGGUAAAGGCAUAGGGCUCUGCAGACUUAAAAUAAAAAACAUUAAAGUUAAUAUUUAUGUUGCACAUCUUCAUGCAGAAUACGAUAGAGAGAAUGAUGAGUACACUGCCCAUAGAGUCCUUCAGGCUUUCGACACAGCUCAGUUCAUUAGAAUGACCAAGGGUGGUUCGGAUGUUGUAAUUCUAGGAGGAGAUUUAAAUACAGAGCCACAAGAUCUCGCUUAUAGAAUAAUAUGUGGUAUAGGAGAAUUAACGGAUGCCUGUACAAAUUCAUCUUGCUUCAAUCAAGGAACAAACGAAUGUGCUACGAACAGUUACACAGGUUCUAAUUUUGCCAGAAAGAAGCCUGAGGGUCAUAGAAUAGAUCACAUUCUUUACUUAGGCUCAUCUCGCUACAAGGUGGAAGUGACAGACUUCAAGCAACCAUUUCCAAAUCGUGUUCCUGGGAAGAAUUUUAGUUACUCCGAUCAUGAGGCUAUAGCAGCGACUUUAAAGAUGACCAAAGGACACUACGAGGUACAAGAGGUUGACGUCCGUGAUUCUUUAAAGGAGGCCUUGGUAAUUUGCGAGGCCGCCCUGGUUAGCAUACAUCGACGACGAAUGUGGUACUUGUUGCUAAGUCUAUUUUUAUUGAUACUGCUCAUAUUGCCUUUACUACUGCACCUUUUACUGGACCAAAACUCUAUAGCCGUUACUAUAGCAUUGAAUGUACUUCGAUUUCUCCUAACUGCUGUUCUCUGUUACACACUCUUCAUGAGUUCUAUAUGGAAUAACGUCGAGAAAAAUUCACUGAAAGCGGGUUAUCUCGCAAUGGAAAUGCACCUGGUGCAACUAAACAGGAACUUAGCCAACACAUAACUCUUAGUUAAACCAAUUAUCAAUUAAACGCAACAGGACCGAUCUCUCUAAUACUUAAUGUCAGAUGAUUCGACGAGACGGCAACUCAUUAAAUAAUUUCUAAGCUGUUUUUUUGAAACUUAAAGUAAAAAAUUCGGACGUCAAUUUAAUUAUGAUAAUAGCUUGGAGUCAAUGUUACCAGUAACAUGAAGUUACAAUCAAUCAUAUUAGCUCCCGUUAGCAACAGUAUUCGUGUAUAUUUUUCUCUACACUGCUCCACAUUAAAUUAUCUUCAGAAUAUUCAUUCCGAAAUAGUUGUAAAUAUUCUGCUCAAUUCGACAAUAAGAUCACUUAUAUCCUCUGUGAUGCACUUUCAAAUAACAUUGCGCCAAUGAAGAAAAUCACAAAUUCUAAAUAUUAAAGAGGAGUGACAAAACAUUUUCGUAUACAGCUCAAGGAGGAAUGAGAAAACAAAAAGAAAAGAUCAGCUUAACGGGAAAAUAGAAAACAAGAAUAUAUAUAUAUAUAUGUGUAUAUACACACAUAUAUAUAUAUGUAUAUAUGUAUAUCUAAAGAAACCAGAAGUCUGAAAUAUUUUUUCAUCGUGUAAUGUAGAUUUGUAAAAUCCGUAGAAUUUUCAUGAGCCAGGAAAAAGUGAUAUAUAAGAUAAGAGGAGCAUAUUUCCGCUUCGCUGUGCUUAAACGCGGUGAUUAUUAUAAUAAUUGAACGUACGUACACUAAGAGCGAACAAUUACAACAAUUGAAAAUUGCUAAAACGAGUGCGUCUUUAUACAAUACUGUAAUAAUAAUUAUAAUAGUAAUCAUAUAAUAUAUUGUAUGUAUAUUGCCACGAUUAUAUCGGAUCACCGAUGACACGUAAUGUAUUAAUAAUAAUAAUAUUGCCAACAAUGAAUUGC